AUGGGCUCCGACGAUGGGAAGUCGAGCUCUCCCGCUCGUAAACUUUGCCACACUCUAGGCAGAAGCGGUAGCAAGAAGAAGAGGUGCACUCCCUUCAGAUCCACUUCAAGGGCUACUCAGUCUAUGCACCUUCCAUCUCGCUUCUCCACCGAAGACGACUCGCAAACCGACGUUUGUGCGGCUACGGAGGGGACACCCUUCAACAUGAACCAAAGCUUCUUCCAAAUCCUUACAGCGACAACCACCCGUAUGAGCUCUCGGUUCGGCGAUGAGGAUUCGGAUGAUGAAGGCUCUCCCCACUCAGAACCAACGACUCCCACUGCAGAGGCUAUGGGAGAAACCGCGGAUAAACGCUUGGCCGACAAGGGGUCUAAGCUUUUCCGUCUCGAUUCAAUAGAGGAGUCACGAAAGGGCAAGGAAAGGGAUAAUUAUGACGUGGAUUCUAAUGAAGAAGACACCUCCCCGUUGACCCGUGUCGUCUCUAAUAGCUCGGCUCCAUAUAUGAGCCAAAUUUUGCAAGCGCAGGCGCAGAUGAACUCUGCGAAUUUUGCCCCUGCCACUCAACUGAAAGGGGCUGAGAUGUUUGAGGAUAACGAUGGUGAACUUGGCGACCAUCCAGAUUUGGCGAAGAGACUUAUGGAGAUCUUUAAUCUUCCCGAGACGGAGGAGGUGAUAUCAGGUACACACCUUCCCUUAGGAAAUUAACUCCUGUCCCGUAAAAAAUGCGUAGGCGCGUGAACUGAGGGCUAAUCACUUCUGUAGAGUAUCCUUGUUGGCUUCUGAAGAGUGUCUUGCUGCAGGGCUAUAUGUACAUUACUACUCAGCAUAUAUGUUUCUACGCCUAUCUCCCACGGAAAGAUGUAUGGGCAUCGCCCGCCCUCAAGCCCCAGAAUAGAUCCGUGCUGACGCAUCUCGCUGUUAGAAUGUCAUCCUGAAAUCGGGCUAUCUAGCAAAACGGGGGAAAUCUAAUGUCAAGUACAAUAGGUACUGGUUCAUCCUCAAAGGGGAUGUCCUCUCUUACUACACUGAUCCCUCCGACCUAUAUUUCCUCAAUGGCAAUAUCGACCUACGAUACGGCGUUCAGGCUAGUCUGGUGGAGGGCAAGGGCAAAGAGGGCACAGUCACCUUCUUUGUCGCUACUGACCAACGGAAGUACUACUUCAAGGCCGAUUCCGCAGCAAGCGCCAAGGAAUGGGUCAAAGCGCUUCAGAAAGUGAUAUUCAGAUCGCAUAAUGAGGGUGACAGUGUCAAAAUAUCAAUCCCCGUUGGGAAUGUGAUUGAAGUGGAGGAAAGUCCCGUCUUGGAGUUUGCGGAUACCUUUAAGCUGAAGGUUGUUGAUAAUGACGACACCUACGCUAUUGACGAGGUAAUUGAAUGCUUUUGGCACAAUCAUCCGCGUUGGUGAAAGUUUUAGGCUAAUAGUACACUGGCCGCGGUUUAGUACUUUUUUUCAUUCUUUAGUUUCGGAAAGGACGCACUGAAUGUGCUUCGAUCUGUGGUUGAAGACUCGCCUGCAUCAAAGAUACCUAAAGAGGUAUUCACGGGCUCUGCGCCUGGGUCACCCAAACUCAGCGCUUCACCAGCGACAACCCCGGUUCUAAGGGAGUGGGUACGUGAUACUCUGUCUCCGCGGUCCUCAGCAGGCAGUGGUAGAGCGAGUCCAAGAUAUAGUGGAGAACUUUCUCGUCCUAGUAUCGAGUUUGGUCGUCGCAGCCUCGAUAUUAGCCAGGAAUCGCUCGGACGAUCAGGAUCACCCGCUAGGCAUAGCGUGGAAUCGAAUCGUCAUGCCCAGGCUUCCGGCGUGUCUCAACCAACCUCUCCAAAUCGGCUCUUCUCCUCCGAGUCGAUUGUUCAAUCCUUUGGAGAAUCCUCGGACGCCAUCAGGUUAUCUUCGGAUGAAGAACGUGGGGCCUCUGCUAGCAACAUUUUGGAUCGCAGUGACGUUUUUCGACCGCCCACCCCCAAGAAGCCUACUCAGGGCGAAGACCUCCGAAGAUCUAGCUCCGCUAAAGGGGCAAGAACAUUCCCGCCCCGCCCUAAACUAAGGCUCGGCGGUGGAAAAAAGACCCUGGGAUCUACCGCGGGGUCGGACUCUGAUACCGAGGCCACUGGAAAGGCAUCUCCAAGGCUUCAGGAUAUUGCAAGGUCGGGGACCUUUCCUCUACAACGUGCGGCCGAUUGGGCCGAUUGGAUGAAGAAGCAUUCUAAGAAGGUGGGGGUUAUGAUAGCUGCACAGCCUAUGAAUUACUUGGAGAAGGUGUCUGAUAUGUGGGUCGGGGGGAGAAGGCAUUAUGGUGGAGGGGCCAUGGGUAUGAUGCCGAAUGAGGAAGUCGAGGAUCUCGAUGAUGACGACGAGACUCACCACGAAGGGCGGUUUAGAGCACGUUUCUCGCUGCCGUCCGCCGAGAGGCUGCAGGCUGUGUACUUUGGGUAUCUACACCGAGUCUUGCCGUUAUAUGGAAAAAUUUAUCUGAGCAACCGCAAUUUUUGCUUCCGGAGCCUCCUACCAGGGACCAAAACUAAGGUCAGUGGAAUCACUUGUCGCGGGGUGGAUCUUGCUAAUGAAAUAUUUAGAUGAUUUUGCCCCUGAAAGACAUCGAGAACGUGGGCAAGGAGGAGGGAUUUCGGUUUGGAUACUCAGGACUUGUGAUUACGAUCCGGGGCCAUGAGGAGUUGUUUUUCGAGUUCGGGAACAUCGGGACAAGGGAUGACUGCGCUAUCACCCUGUUACAGGGCUUAGACGAUCUAAGGGUACUUCAGCAAAGCGGGAUUUUGACGCGCGAGGAGAAGGAAGGGGCGGAAUUGGCAAAGCAGGAGCAUCAAAUGUUGCAAGAUGCACGUCAGAUGGGUCACAACAUCCAUGACACCCAGCUUCCGACUUCCACAAACGAAGCGGACUGCCCACUCAACGCGCCACCUAUUGUUUUCGAUGACCCCCAUGGGUCUAUAAUUAAUUUUAAGCCUGCAGAGCCCAUGAAGAUUACUUGUUUAACAAUUGGCUCACGGGGUGAUGUCCAACCCUUCAUCGCCCUCUGCAGAGGGUUUAUGGCCGAGGGCCACAAAACCAAGAUCGCAACACACCUGGAGUUCAAGGACUGGAUCGAGGGCUUUGGCAUCGAGUUUGCGCCGGUUGAUGGCAACCCCGCAGAGUUGAUGGCGAUAUGCGUUGAGUAUGGCAUGUUUACUGUCGAUUUCAUGAAACAUGCUACAUCUACGGUAAGACCCUAUUUAUGGUCCAACAUGAGCGCCUACUGAUUAUUUUUUUACAGAUGCGAGGUUGGCUUGACGGCUUACUCCUGAGCUCCUGGGUUGCCUGCAAAGGCUCUGACCUUCUAAUCGAAAGUCCCAGUGCUAUGAGUGGAAUUCACAUUGCAGAGGCCUUGGGAAUCCCAUACUUCCGCGCUUUUACUAUGCCUUGGACCCGAACCCGGGCUUAUCCUCAUGCUUUUGCUGUUCCGGAACAUAAGAUGGGAGGAGCAUACAAUUACUUCACGUAUGUAAUCAUCGACAACGUGUUUUGGAAAUCCACAGCAGGUCAAAUCAACAGAUGGCGGAAAACCCAUUUGGGGCUUCCCAGCACUUCGUUGGACAAAUUACAGCUCAACAAGGUUCCGUUCCUGUAUAAUUUCUCGCCCUCAGUAGUUAUACCCCCACUCGAUUACAGCGAUUGGAUCCGCGUCACCGGCUACUGGUUUCUGGACUCCAAGAGUGACUGGACGCCGCCAGCGGAGUUGACGGAUUUUAUUCGGAAAGCUCGUGAGGAUGGAAAGAAGCUCGUAUACGUCGGAUUCGGGUCUAUCACGGUGGCCGAUCCACAGGCAAUGACACGGACAGUUGUGGAAUCAGUAUUGAAGGCAGAUGUGAGAUGCAUCUUGUCCAAGGGCUGGUCCGACAGGCUUUCCAGAGGCAAGAGUGCAGAAGAGCCAGAGGUCUCCAUACCGCCAGAGAUUCAUCAGAUCCAGUCUGCUCCCCAUGACUGGCUCUUCAAACAGAUCGAUGCGGCCGCACACCACGGCGGUGCUGGCACCACUGGUGCGAGCCUUCGGGCAGGAAUCCCGACCAUUAUCAAACCAUUCUUUGGGGACCAAUUCUUUUUUGGCAACAGGGUCGAAGACCUCGGAGUUGGAAUUUGCGUCAAGAAACUCAACACAAGUGCUUUCUCGAAGGCGCUCUGGGAAGCAACUCAUAAUGAGAGGAUGAUUACCAAAGCAGGUUUGCUGGGGGCACAAAUCCGGAAGGCGAGUUGCUCCCGAUCGAUUGGAUCAAGAUUUACAAGGUUAACGCUUUUGUUUAGGAAAAUGGAGUGGAGACUGCGAUUCAAGCAAUAUACCGCGACAUGGAGUAUGCUCGCACUCUUAUCAAGAAGCAUACGACGGACACCCAUGAUGAAUCCGAAGAGUCAUGGACGUUUGUUGGGGACGACACUGAGCCUGAACAGCCCCAUCGCCAAGCAACUAUUUAGAAGGUUCCGGUUAGCAGGUUUGCUGAUUUUAGAUGUCUUUUUGCUCUGUUAUCUUUUUUUUUCUUUUUUUCGGCAGGAAUUCAAGGGUUGGUUGGUUGGCCGGUUUGGUGGGGAGUAUGAUGCAUGAAUUCAGGGAGGAUGAGAAGGGUACCGCCCGUUUUCCGGCGUCUCUUAAUGUUUAUUGCCCUAUUCCCGGGCCUCCCCCCUCCCGUUCCUUGCUGUCUUUUUGCUCUCUUUUUGGUUGAAGGUCCCUCGGACACAUAUUCUUCAGUUCCUCCUCUUUACUACACAUACACUGGUUUUCAUGGGCAUGCUGUGCGAAGGCGAGUUUUGGGAUUAAUCGGAUUGUAAAUUCACUUACGACGCGAGAAAUAUUAUGUAAACAAUAUUACAACGGUAG